AUGACUCCUCCUCCAGCCUACGACGCACCAGCCGACUCCCCCAUCUACGCCAACAAGAACCUCUACACCCGCAUCGCCAACUGCCCCUCCCGCACCCUCCAGCACUCAUCCCUCAUCCGCCCUCGCUCCGCCCACGCCUGGACCGUCCGCGCAGGCCAAGUAUGCCGCAUCACAGCCCCCCAAGGUGCCCAAGUAGGCGACCUCAACAUCUGGAACGCACAUAACCCCCGCGAACGCUUCUGGGCCUCGCGCACCCGCCAACUCCACCAAUCCCACGUCUCUACCUUCGACCGCCUCUGGUCCUGUCUGCCCUACAUGCGACCCCUCGUCACCAUAACCGCAGACACCUUGUCAACAUACGGCAUCGACAGCUCGGGCGGACGCGUGCACGAUCUCCUCGGAACCCGAUGCGAUCCUUACAUCCACCACCUCAUGACGGGCGAAUCAGAUGAUUUCCACUGCCACUCUAACCUCGUGCGGGCCGUUGCUCAGCACGGUCUUGUAGAAAGCGACGUGCAUGAUGUUCUUAACGUAUUCCAAGUUACCGGUCUUGAUUCUAAGGGGCGGUAUUUCAUGGGCACCAGUCCGGCCAAAGUAGGUGAUUAUUUUGAAUUCUUCGCGGAGCAGGAUGUCCUUUGUGCGCUGUCGGUUUGUUCAGGGGGUGAUCUGUCGCAGUGGGGGUGGAAGGGGAGUGAAGAGAUGGGCGAUACGACUAAGCCUUUGGGCGUAGAGGUUUACUCUCUUGACGAUAAGGCCGUGUUGGAAGGGUGGACGCCGCUGGAGCCGUCUGCGUACAAGGGUCUACAUGGUCUUCGUAUGCCGGCCAGAGAGCAGGACGGUCUCGAUGGUGUAUAA